AUGAGUCUUUUCCCAGGUGUAGACGUCCAAGUAGCUACAAUAACUCAACCUGAUACAAGCAAACCUGUCCACAACACCACAAAUUUCGGUAAAAGAAUUUUAAAUUCAGCUACUAAGUGGGGUUCUCUACCAUGUGGACGGUAUAAGAAUAGUAUGGUGCGUUGUUGCAGAUUUCAUCGUCGAAAUCAUCUCCUAUGGUUGAGUCUUGCGUCAUUCUUUUUAGUCUUUAUAUAUAUGACAUACUUUACUAUAUUUCAUUCCCGUACCAAUUUUAGCCUCACACCCGUAGAUAGAACUGAAAGAAAAGAUGUGAUAUCUAAACGAUCACUGAGUUCAGAGGAAAGACUGGAGUUGCCAGUCCAAUCAGAUAUACGAGCGUUACAGAAACCUUUACUAGUUCAUUAUCUGUGGUGCGGACAACGUGCAUUUGAAUUUAAGAAUUAUCUCGCUAUCAAGAGUGCUUUUAAGGUGAUCAGACCACAUAAAAUAUUAUUUCAUUAUGUAAGUUUACCAAUAGUUGAUAAAGAAGAAUAUUUUACGUGGUUUAAUGACACCUUGCAAAAGAUACCCAAUGUCAUUUUAAACAAACUUGAUAGGUCAUCGUGUCCAAUAAAAGGUCCGGACCGCUUUAUUCUAAUUCUACAGAUCCUUGCCGAACAUGGAGGUGUAUAUAUACCUGACAACGUCCUGAUGGCGAAUUUCCCUCAAGGACUUCAUAAAUAUCAGUUCACGGGUAACGUUCUUAGUCUGGGUUCCGAGGAAUAUCAGGAUGGACUUCUGUCCAUAAAUACAAACGAUUUUGAGGUCCCUGGAAAUUCACAGGAACUAGAACUUCUUUUAGCCAAGGAAUAUGCCAAUCAAAUAAAAAUGUCAAAUUGUGUUGACGACAAAGAAUUUGAAAAGACAAAAAAUGUGAAAACUAUGUGUAUUAAUGUAAAUAUGUUGUUGUUUCCCAAAAAUAUCUGGUACUCGAAUUCCAAAUUUUCAAUGAUAUCAAGAUAUAUUGCUUAUGAUAAGCUCAGCUUGCAUCCACUAUACGAUCUCAACAAUCCAUUCCCCAAAAUAGCUCAUUAUAUUUGUGAUUCAUAUCAUCCGUUUAAUUUCUCCUCAUUCAUAAGUGUGUUAAGUUCAAUUUUUGUUGCUAAAUUGAAUCGUGUGUAUAUUCAUGUUAAUGAAGUGCCAAGUGGUAGAUGGUGGAAUUUACUGCAAUCAUUUUCUCAAGUGGCAGUGGUGGAACUUCAUUCUUCUGGAGAUUUGGUCCUCAAUCCAUUAGAUAUACUUUUGGAAUAUGGUGGAAUUUACAUCGAUAAUUCUGUGUUCUGGACGAAUCAAAUACCAGAUUAUUAUUUUGGGUAUGAUGCUGUUGUUUCACCGGAUUGGUUUUUGUAUGGUAUUUGGCCCGAAUCUUUAAACCCGGGUAUAAUCAUGGGAAAACGACAGUCUCGUUACUUUACCAAACUUAAAGACCUUUAUGAUUCAUCAGGCAAGACAAAAUGGUACAUAACACAUUUAGCUGCGUAUCAUGUCAUAGAGGAAGACCCAACCAGCGCCUUUCUAGAUCGAGGGCUUCAGGUCAAAUGUCUAAAUCAUAACUGUCAUCCAACAUGGUUUGCUGAGUAUAGAUCUGAAUUAAAUGAAAAUAAGCCCGGUGGUGUCUUUGAUUGGCGGAAAGAUACGUUAUCUGUACAUUGGGUGGACAAUGAGAAUCUAGAUCUGGACAGAGUUAAAUAUUUAAGUGAAUUACCAGAGGAGAUCGCCUGGAAUGUUCUUCAGCUUGCUGGAUUAAACGUGAACGAUUUAUAA